UUUUUUUAUAUCGGUGUCUGUAUCGAAAGUUAUUGUUAAUUAUGUAAAAGUCCAUGAAAUGCUGUUUUCUUAAUGAAAAUUUUUCUGGGCCGCUGACUUUGAUCAAAAAUCUGAUGCAGACCUUUGAUCAAAGUUUGAGAAACCCUGUUUAAAAUAUUAUAAUUAGUACCUGACACCUGAAACUGAUGUGGAUUAUUAUUUAAAUAACUCCAGGAAAGUAGUUAAGAACUUAUUUUGAGUGAAAACCUAGUCUGGCCACCACUGAUGUACAGCUUCCAUCACAAACAAAUCAGACUGAAAACCAGCAAACCACACAGUCCUGCAGUUUUCCUGAGAGCCUCUUCAGCGGGGGGCAAAUACCUACUAUUUUGUCACAUUGUAGCCAGAUGUAUAUAGAGAAAUCAUCCCUUCACAGUCACUUCACCUGGAGGGGUUCUUGCAACUGUAAGCGAUGGCAGUAAAGUCGUACGUCACAGUUAAAGCCUGUCUAAUGGACACUUUAUUAAGCUCCCGUCUGAGGCUCGAUAUUAGGAGGAGAGGACAGGAACUAGGCCCACUAAACAGAACUUCUCAGCAGGAGCGUAGUUCUUAAGUCGUUCUCCUGCUUUUAGGACUUCAGGGGCUUAGAAAGGGGCUUUUCAGUUCCACGUGGACAUUUUUAGAAAUGCAUCUGGGAGACGCAGGAAGGAGACGCCCUUCAGCCCCAAUGUCAGGAAAAAUCUCAGCCUUAAAGAAGCUACUCUAAAACUAAUCAGCUUACCCAGCAUUCCACAGUCUUAUCUCCAUACAUCUCCGUGUUCCAAAUCAUGUGCUUGGAUUCAUUUAUUAGUUGAAUCAGAACCUUUGCUGGGGAAUAUGUAAAAAUAUGUGAAGGUCAAGGGUACACAUUGAAAGACUUGGGAAACUCUUCUUCCACUGUUACCAAGCAUCCAGCCAUACCCUAGAAUUUGAUGCUAAUAGGAUGGUGAUGCUAGCAGAAAUUAGCACAUAAAAAAUCAUGAUGUACACCAUGUUGUUAUGUCGGGCAUUGCUACGACAAUGCCGUGUUCAGAUCCUUUUUACGUUUUACGGAGGUGAAGUAAAGUCCGUGUUUUUUUUCCGGAUUAAAUGGGUUCACUCCAACAAGAGUCUCGUCUGGUUUUGUCUGCUGCUGGAACAUAACACAUGUGAACAGUAAAUAAGCAUAUCUUUGGUCUUUGGACAUUGCUGUCUCUCUCCAAACCCGGCAACGCUGUUACCAAACUGACCCUUCUGCAGUGGAAAACCAAAGCGAGCUGGAAUUAUGCUGUAACUAAUGUUUCUUUGCAGUACGGAUUGGUUCUUGGUAGCAGUAGAAAAGCACUAUUGCAUUUGUUAAUGACUCCUGUUGUUACGGCCUCCCGUUAUCUGUGGGAAAGGUGCUACAUUUCUCCUUCUUAAUUUCCCCUUGUCCAAGAAAUCGACAGGAAUCUGUAUACCAGAGAACAGAAAAUAGCUCCUUGCUUAUCUGCGUAAGAAUAUUUCUGAGACAAUUUCAGAGUGGAGAUACGAGUGUACAGACUUAUCAUCCACUUCUUGUCCAUACUCAUGUACGGUUUUAAUGUUUUGAUGUUCAUUACUGUUUUUAUUGAUUUUUUACAUACCGAGGUUAAUCCAAAAGUCACACAUCACAAAGCUUGUAAACUGAUGCCAACCAUAGCUACACGUAUGUUGGCCCAGCAACAUACGUGCAGCGAGGUUGUUUUAGAAGUUUUAGGCUCACUCACAAACAGUUUGAUGUGUCGGGCUGCUUUACAGGAUGUGCAGUGCUAUUUUUGGCCUAUUUGUAGCAAGACCUGGCAUAGAUGUUCACAUUUUGGAAUAUAUAAUAUAUAUCCAUCCUACUGACACUUAUCUAGUACAGUCAAUGGAAUAGUGAGAAAGGUGCAGCACAUGGAGCCAAUCACAACCAGCAUAGAGCACAAGGCUGGAAGAAAACCUAGACAGAUGCCAGUCCGUCACACGCGGCUCAAACGCGGCUCUGUAAAUGAUACCACAAACCCUCUUGGGGUCUGAACCAACAACCUCCAGCUUCUUCAAGUUCUUGGGUGCAGUCACUAUCCUGCUUUAUUCCUUACCAUGUACAUGACAGGCUAAAAUGUUAAAACCCCAACCCAAGUCUUUAUGCAUUCUACACUCCUUACUAGUAAUCUGACAUUUUCAUAAUGCUGAUGUGAAGUGUUUUGCAUGCAUAUGUAAGAACAUAAGAACAUAAGAAAUUUACAAAGGAGGGGAGGUCAUUCGGCCCAUCAAGCAUGUUUGGAGAAACAAAUGUAAAGCACAAUAAAGUACAGAAAAAAUGGGCUUCACUCCUAGUGAUACAACACGAUUGUCAGAGUGUUGGGCUGCAAUAAAUAAUCAGUUACGUAUGACAAGAAGAGGUCACACUUUGCUUAAUCUGCUUUUAUUGAACGUCUCUGCACAGACACGUUCCACCGUAAUGCCUUCUUCAGUGUGCACAAAGCAGAGUGCAACCUCUUUUUGUCAUAUGUAAAGCACAAGCCAUACUGUAUAAUGUCAGUGGAUUUUUAAAAGCAAAUAAAGUUACACAUAAAGUGAGACUGUGACUGUAAUCCACACAAUAAGGAUCAGAUUUAAUGAAGGCUGUCUUUUUAAAAUAAUUAACAAGUGCGCUGAUUUAAUCAUGUCCAAGAAAAAAACCGGAAAUGAUUCCGUUUUUAGGAAGAGGCUCAGUGGGUAGUCCUGGGGCCUCACACACACAGCACUGUCAUUUUUGCACUGCAUCUCUGUCUGUAUCUAUGUAUGGAAUGUGGAUUUUCUCUGUCUUCAAAUGGCUUUCCUCUGGGGACUUCAGUUUCCUCCCACAAAGACAAAAUUCAGUCCAAAGUUGGGCUUUUUGCUAUUUUAUCCCGAAUGUCUGGCGCCUUGUGUCCUGGGGUAGGACUCAGUUCCAGUGUCACCCUGCACUAAAUAAGUGGCUCUUGGAAAAUGGAUUGAUUGUUCAGCUGUUUAAAGGUUCUGUUCCGCCACAAACACGUUCUGAAGCAGCCGAACGCAAGAUGAAGAGGAGGAAGAAGGAGCGCCGCAGUCGGACCACCUUCAGCAGCAGCCAGCUGCAGGCCCUGGACCAGGUCUUCGAGCGCACGCACUACCCCGACGCCUUCGUGCGAGAGGAGCUGGCUCGCCAGGUCAACCUCAGUGAGGCCCGCGUGCAAGUGUGGUUCCAGAACCGACGUGCCAAGUUCCGGAGGAAUGAGAGAGCGGUCCUAGCCAGCCGCUCCAGCAGUCUGCUCAGGCCCAAUGACCAGGGGGCAGCCCUCGACCAGCAGGUGGCGCCACACUCCACCCUCCUCAGCUCUGACUCUGUCUCAUGGUCUCCUCCCACACCUUACAGCCUGGCUUCACCCAAUGGCCCCCAGGACGUACAGCUGAGUGGAGCCAGUAUGGCCAAGAGCAUCAGCAGCCUACGCCUAAAGGCCAAAGAAUACAGCCUGCAUCACAGCCAAGUGCCGACGGCCGACUGACACCUGCACAGCGCCGCAUGAUCCUGCCCGUCUCCCAGACACAGGACGAGACCACUGGCACAGUGAGACCCCAGUGAGAGACCGAGGGACUGCCAGGAAAAAAGCUGGGCCACUGGGCACUCACUGAGUUUACAAUAAUAUGUGUACAAUCUGCUGAAAAGCAUGAAGUGGUCAAAAUGAAGUUGUGUAAUGAAACAUUUGUUUAAAACAUUGUAUUGUUUUUUUUGUUGUACCUCCUGAUUUUCCCACCAAAGCAGUGGAUGGCUCUAAUUGCAUUCAAGCUAGCCAGCAAAACAAUUUAAAACUUGAAUGUGUUGAAUGUGUCAAAAGCUUAGUCAGUUCAAUUGCUGCACAGACUGACUGUGUUAAUUCAGUGUUUUGUUUUAUUAUUGUUUUGUUUUGUUAUUUUUGGGAUAUGUUCCAUGUUCCGGAAUUUUUUCAAAGUGCCUUUAUGUUCGUGACCAGAGUGUUUUUUUAAAUUCUUAUCAAACGAAGGAUAACACAAUAUAUUGUUAAAUUCAUUCGGAUAUCACAGUGUAUCAAUCCCAUAGUUUUGGAAUGAAAGAGGACAAAAUCCUCAAAAUAUCCCAGGAAGCAGAUGUAGUUUCCAAGAUUUAAGAACCCAAGUGGAAUUAUGUUUUCCUUUCUGCUGUUAAUGAAGUAUUUGCUUCCUUUGG